UGUCCAAUUCCCGGCCGUACCUGCUCUCGCUGAUGAGCCAUCAGGCGAGUUGGGCAACUUUGCAGCAAACGAUCGGUCUGCUGUUGGAUUCCUUCGACGCCUCGUUCGAUCCCAGCUCCGUGCUUGACUUUGUCGACACGCUAACUCGGAACCCGCGGUUGUGGCAAGGUCGAGAUAAGGCCGUUCCGAAGCACGAGCAGAUCGAGUACAUUUUGAAUUUGAGUGAGCAGCAAACGUGCACCUUCAUCGAUUACAUUCUCGCCGAGGAUGCGGUCAGCAGGACGACAACACAUGGCGGAUCGGUUCGUCGCCUAGGGCAGCGUGUGCGGCUCCUGCUUCACUGUUUACCGACCAAGUACAAGCUUCUUCCGAAAAUGGUCGCCUACGUCGAACGCCAGCAAGCGGACACCGGUGAUCGUGUUCGUGUGGGCCGCCAGUUUCUCCAGCAACUUUACCUCCAUCUUCCCACGAUGAAAUUCCUGCUGCCAAAUGUGGGCCGAAGCAUUAAUGGCAGCGUAUCCGCGCCUCCCGGGGCGGGAGAGAGUGUGUAUGAGGCGAAUGUCCAGAAUGUUACGGGCGGUUGCUUAGCCGAUCGAUUCACCUACUACAUCCUAACCACGAUCGCGAGCCUCAACAAUCCACGCGACUUCCAGACGAUGUCGGCUGAAAUGGAACUUAUUGCGCGCAAGCUGGCCGCAUCCCAUCCAACGCUCCUGUUGCGCCAGCUUCCUGUUUUGGCCGCUCUGCUACAGGGCCGUGCCCAUAUGGAUCUGCACGUCCUGCGCUCGGAGUACCACUUCCAUCUGUUCCACCAGGUGAUGGGUAUUCUGGAGCUGUUGGCUCCGCUCGUCUUUCGCGAUUGCUAUCGCGAUGGGCUACACAAUGCGCUCGAUUGUUUCUGCCAGCUGUUGCGCCACCACGGUACGUUCAAGGAGAGUUACACGCUGAUCUACCGGUUCGUGGAGUUUCUGCAAUCCUACAUUGCCACCAAUCCUCCAACGGCAAUCGGGUUCGUGGAGCAGUACGCCGAUGUGUUGUGCGAGCUGGCACACCAGCACUACGAUCUGCACUCGUUGCAGCAACUGGUUCAGGGCCUUUCGAUGCUCAAACCACGCAGCGGGGGUGAGUCAGUUGGGAAAAGCGAUAUCAUGUCGGAUUUGGAUAUGCUUGCCCGAUCGGCCCCGGCAAUCGGCGACGGAACGACGAUCGCACCAACCAGUUCUGAUCGACAGCUUGUGCCAAGGGCUAGCGGAGGUAGUAGUGGGGCGGCGGCAACGGCCACAGGACUUAUGAUGGCACCGUACAUCAAGAACGAGUCGCUGCCCAUGCACUGGACGGAACUGGUGGGUGUGCUACGGUCACGCGAUUGUGACGAAAUCGGUGUUCCACUGAUGGAACUCGAUGCGUUGUCGAUCAAGCGGCCCACUCUGCUCGAGGACAUUUUCGACGAUGUCGUACGUUUCGUGCAACAUCCUUCGCCAAACAUACGCCAGCUGGCUCACAAUCUGAUCGUGCGCUGGCUCAAGCAAAGCCCGGGAUGCAAGGCAUCCAAUGAGACCGCCUUGACGGCGUUCGUCCAGUGUUUGAACCAUGAUGCGCUGAACGUUGCCUACAGUGCAUUGGACAAAACGACGGAAUACACGCUCUGCCUGCAGGAGUACGCACCACAGAUUUUGACGGCGGUCUUCAACCUCGGCAUCGGCGGAUGCCGGAUCAACACGUACAAUGCGCUCCGAAGGUGUGUUCAGGCCCUGAAGAAGCAGCAUGCUGGGUAGCUUGAACAUCGGUCCGUAGAAGUGCCUGUAUUUCUUUAAUUUUCAAUCGUUCCAACGAACAAAGAAGGCAUUGCGGAUAAUAUACCACAGCUGUACCUUUCUGAAGCGUAUUCAAAUACAGAAUGAUUUAAUUAUUUUACGAAAUGAAUGUGUACGCGUUUGCUUUAAGGAACAUAUCAAAGAGAAAAUCAAUUCCUCCAAAAAAUGUAUACCUACCGUAAAAAUCUUCGUUGUGCACUGUUAAAUUAACACCUUCUUUGGCACACGGUUAAAUUUUGCGCCAGAUUGCUCUGACCUUCUCAAAUCGACUACAAAAUAGAAAAAAGUAAAAUUAAUCUCCAGGUUCAACUUAUUUAAAUAAAAGCCAUCAUCUUCUCAUCGUUUCUAACCGCAGAGAAUCGCAAAGAUCCCGCGUGGAAUGUAUGAAUAGUACAUAUAAGAUUACCAGAUUUAUUUGAUCACGAUAUGCUUAAACUUUUCCGAAAAAAUAUGUUCCUCUCGAAUCGCUGAAAAAAGCAAAAAACGCAACCUCUCUUCUGGAAGCUUUUUUCUGCGCGAUUUUGGAUUUUUGGUUCUACCACAGAUACGAUUGCACAGUCCUGUAUGAGAUUGAAGGUGAGUUGUUCAAGUAAUGAAUUACAUGGAAUAUGCUUAUAAUUUCAAGUGUAAACUUGCGCCUCUCUAGAACACCUAACGUGACAAAAAAAAACAAAAAAAAACAAAUCUCAGCUCAGAAGAGCAACGGCUACACGCAACCAAA